AUGUCUCGAAUUGGAACCCCAGGUAAUCUACCUCGGGCCCUAAGGACCGGCGGAAACAUCGACACGGGUGAAGAAGGGAAAAACCCUCACACAGAGGGCCGUUCCGUUCCGUGUCGGGCCAAUUAUUGGCAGCUCCAACUGGUCGCGGUGGAAUAUUGCCGGACCAAAACAACCCCUCCUAGAGGGUUUUUAUUCCGAAGCGACAACUAUAUCACGCACUGCUGGCAGAGUGUGGGAAUUCAUUUCCGCACUGGAAACAAACGGCGGAAGUUUUUAUUCCGAAGCGACAACUAUAUCACGCACUGCGGGCAGAGUGUGGGAAUUCAUUUCCGCACUGGAAACAAACGGCGGAAGUUUUUAUUCCGAAGCGAAGAAUCAGUUCCGCAUCGGAGACACACCGCGGUAGUUUUCUCUUCCGAGCAAGCUCGAGUUCCGCACCGGGAGCAAGCUUUUGCAAAGAGCCGCAAGGUUUCUUCAUUCGGAAAUUUUUUUAUGCGAGCCGGAAGUUUUCAUUCCGACGAAGAUUUCAAUCCCACACCUGGAGCAAGCUGUCAUCACGCACCGGAAGCGGACUGCGAGUGUAUUUGUGCCGCUCCGAAAGCGAACUGCGGAAAUUACAUUUCGAGCCGGAAGUUUUUAUUUCGAAGCAAGCCUUUGCUCCGCGCGGAAGCAGGCGGCGGAAGUUUUCUUUUGUGCCGCUCCAGAAACGGACUGCGGGAGUUUUUCUUGUUCCGCACGGCAGCAGGCCGCGGAAGUUUUCGCUCCAUUCCGUGAGCAGACUGCGGAAGUUUUUGUGCCGCGCCGUGAGCGGACUGCGGGAGAUCUUUUGUGCCGCCCGGAAGCAGGUAGCGGGAAUUUCUUCCGAACCCAAGGCGAAGAGCGGGAAGUUUUUUUUGUUCCGCACCAGAGGCAGACUGCGGGAGGUUUUGUACCGCGCCAGAGGCCGACUGCGGGGACUUAGUUACGCAUCGGAAGCAGAUUGCGGGAAAUUCUAAUCCGCUCCGGAAGCAGACAAGUGCGAAUGUAAGCAGCGCUAGUACCGCGAUUGGAGCGGAAGUUGCUGCGUGACAGAGGAGGCCAAGGUGCACUGGUGAGGCGCAGAUCCACCGUGGAAGCCCAAUCUUGCCUAAGAAACUCCAGGAAUUUGGCAAGACGAGUGGAGCAGCGAUUCCGUGAUGAAGAUAUCACCGUGCGAGCGAAUCAUGCAUGCAGUAAACAUGUAAGUCGAUAUUCUUGCUACUUUAGUCUUAGGGUGCGAGGCCAAAUGCCAAUAUUGCACCAGCUCACACUCAAGUUAUCAUUGCUCUUAUUUUGGCCACAGAUAGCGCCACUUUUAGUAAAAGAGUCUUACACUCGUUACACUGGCGCCCGACGUAAAUGUAACCCAUUACUGAAACACUCGCAUUAAUUGUUUCAGUUAUUCUGAAGAUUGUUUUGCAAAUUAUUUGGAAUUUUUGAUAUCGUUUGUGGCAUUUUGUUAGAUUUUGUGUGACCUUUGAGACUUUGUCGCACGUUCUAGAUAGUUACCACUACCAUAAGUUAUUAGCUCAUUUAAACAACACUAUGGAUCCUUCUUGUCUAACGGAGGAAGAGAUCAAUUAUGAAUUGGCUCUGAGACACAUUCCACGGCUCACUUCCAUCAAUCGCCGUGCAAGAGCAGUUCGAUUACGUGCAUUAAUGCAAGAAGAUGAAAUUAGAGGAAGAUUUUAUGAAGAUUCGUCUCACGUCAUGGACGUUGAGCAAAAUAUUAGUACAUGCCAAGGCGCAAUGCGCGAACUUUUACCUGAGAUUGAAAACGCAUUUAAGAGAAGCGAUUUGGACUUUAUUCGCCAAACUCGUUCUCGCUUAAUUCACUACCGGAAUAGAUUAGACAUAAUUGAAGCUCCUAAUAAAUUGUCAGACACUUUUUCAACGCUGUCUCUUCUCGUACAAUUCACGCUCGAAGAUAUUGACGACGCGCUCGGGAGAAAAAACAAACGUGCUGCUAAAUCUGUCAACACGAAUAGUGCAUUAAAUGUGAGUGGUCCACCGAAUAUCAGGGAGGAAGCUGAAACAAUAGCAGAUGAAGCAACCGCAAACGAAGAAGGAAGGCCAGCCAGAAGUACCGGAGCAAUUCCAAGGACGACCUCGCAAGCUAACUCGUCAGGCGCUUUUCGGGGUUUCGAUCAGAACGGGAACGAACCGAGCAUCAGCUCUUCCUUCAACGCUUCGCAACGUUCAGCAGCUUUUCCGGUUCAAGCUAGCCGAAGCUUACAGGAUUCUGCCACAGCUAGAGCACCGAGAACGGACAUCAGGGGACGCGGUACAGCAG